AUGGGCCGGAGCGAUCACAAUGCUGGGCCCCGCCCGUCUCAGCUGGGACCCGCCCGCCUCAGCUGGGACCCGCCCGCCAGCCCCGCCCGUCUCAGCUGGGACCCGCCAGCCAGCCCCGCCCGCCUCAGCUGGGACCCGCCAGCCAGCCCCGCCCGCCUCAGCUGGGACCCGCCCGCCAGCCCCGCCCGCCUCAGCUGGGACCCGCCCGCCAGCCCCGCCCGUCUCAGCUGGGACCCGCCAGCCAGCCCCGCCCGCCUCAGCUGGGACCCGCCCGCCAGCCCCGCCCGCCUCAGCUGGGACCCGCCCGCCAGCCCCGCCCGUCUCAGCUGGGACCCGCCAGCCAGCCCCGCCCGUCUCAGCUGGGACCCGCCAGCCAGCCCCGCCCGCCUCAGCUGGGACCCGCCAGCCAGCCCCGCCCGCCUCAGCUGGGACCCGCCAGCCAGCCCCGCCCGUCUCAGCUGGGACCCGCCCGCCAGCCCCGCCCGUCUCAGAGCAGAGGGCAAGCCUCCAGAGGAAUCUUCGCCCGCGGGAGGAGACCAGUGGGAGGAGACCGGAGCCCACGGGAGGAGACCAGAGGGAGGAGACCAGAGCCCGCGAGAGGAGACCAGAGCCCGUGGGAGGAGACCAGAGCCCGCGGGAGGAGACCAGAGGGAGGAGACCAGAGCCCGCGAGAGGAGACCAGAGCCCGCGGGAGGAGACCAGAGGGAGGAGCCCAGAGCCUGA